CUCUAUAAAUAAAGUAAGGAACACCAGUGCACUCCAAUCCACUGGCAAGCCCACUGACUGAACACUCAAGGGACAUAUCCUGCGCUGAGAAUAACUCAUUCAAAAGUUUUUGCAGCCUCUAUGAUGACUUUUUACGCAGAUCCAUUUAAAACGUCUAGUGCACUUGCAAUGGACUUCAAGGAGCUGGGAGGCGAGGACAACUGCGAAGGAGAUACAGAGGGAAACGCUGAGGAUUUGAACAAUGUGAAAGUCCUUACCGAAAAACUAAAGUUACAAACCCGCAGACCAUCCUACCUUGAAUGGCAGGAGCGCUUGCAGAGCCGACCUUGGAAGGAGAACCCAAAUGGUUUAGAUAAUAGUCAAGAGACUGCAGAGAAAUAUGUGUUUUUGCCUGAAAUUAUGCGGGAUGAGAACUCCGAUCUAACCAUCCGCAACAUCUGUGGCUUCGAUACCAUUGAUGAUGCGUUAGAUUUUCUUAGAAAAGAGCUGAGGGAGAUGCGGUUCCAGGAUAACCGUCUGGCGCGCCAGCUGAUCCGUCUGCGUGUGGAGAUCCACCGGCUGAAGGUGGAGCAGGUGUGUCACCGCCACAAGGAGAUGCUGGACGACGCCACCUACGAGCUGGAGGAGUGUGGCGAGGAGUCCGACCUGCUCUGUGACAUCCCCAUGAAGGCUGCCUUUGCUCUGUCCACCCCCCUCAAACACCUUGGCCUCACCAAGAUGAACAUCAACUCCCGACGCUUCUCCCUCUGUUGAAACAUAUACCACCCUGCGAGGCUUGAUUUACUGUAUUAAAGCCUCUAUCUAAUCUAUGCAGGGUAAUCGGGGGUUUUCCACUGCACAGGUUUCUGUUAUGACAUGAGAGGGAAGAAGAAUGGCUGGCAGAGCGUGCAGACUGUAAUUAGCCAAGUGGGAGGAAAUGGAAAUGACUCCUCUGAUCCGUGCCCUAGUCCUGACGUGAGAGAGACACAGGCCUCCAUAGUAGAGCCCUGUAGGCGCACGGCAUACACCCAUAGCAAAGCUGCACCUUUCCAAUGCACCUCAGGGAAUGUGUAGACUGAUAGGUCAGAGUAGAUGGACAGGGAAGCUAGUGAUGAGGUGUGGCUCUGGAAUGGAUAUGGUUUGAGUUUGGAUUGCCAUGGUGUCAGAUCAAUUGCACUGUAUUCAGAUAAUUAGUUAUGAUGACCCACUGACAUACAGAAUAGGCCUGACUGCCAUGGUGGUACUGUAACUAGAGAUGUCUCUUGAGCGUUGCACAGGGGAAUUGUCUUUCUUCAGACAAAGAAAAAAUGGUCACAGCGCUAACACUCAUUAACACGAGUCCCAUACUUUAAUCACAACCCAGGAGGAAGUAUGUAUCUCUUCAUACAGACACCUUAACUCUAGUCACACCCCCAGGGACAUUUGACAGCCCAAAGGGAAGCAUUUCUCUCCCCUCUGCAUUGGCAGAGUCCCAGUCCACACUUCACAGGAAGCUGUAGGUCACAUUCCAGCAUUCUGUCACCUCUUCUUCUGAGACCAAAAAUAGCAAGGACCUCCAUGGGGUCAUGGCUUCCGUGAUAGGACAUUAUUGGAGGCAAUGCCUUAUGUAGUACUCCAUGCAUUUUAUUGUCCUUUAGAUGAUCCAGAUGUUGUAGACAGACCACAGCCCAAUGUGCUGUCAUUAUGUUUUACAGUAGAUUAUAGGCUUGUCCUACUGCAAUGUUGUCCAAGUAAAAAACUGUAUCAAAGUUUUAGAUGUAUUUUAAAUAUAUUGUUCUCAGGAAGAGAGAGGAGAAACUGAAAGUAUUUUGGGGGGAAAUUUGAGGGAGUGAAUGUUGAACAGGAUUUAGUGGGUGUUAAUCAAUGUUACAAAAUGUUUGCUGAAUAUACACAAAGCAAAAUGUAGAUUUGUAAGUGCUUUUUAAUGAUUACGUACUGAGUUCUACUUUACUAAUGCAGGAAUAUCUCAAGGCCAUCCAUUUAAUGUAUGAGGGAAAUGACUAGAGGCAGACUAGAGCGGUUUUCAUGAUGUUUGUUUUUCAAUGUAUUUGUUUAAAUGCACAAAAAAUUGCAACAAACUUGAAAAUACACUUGAGAAAGAAAAUUGUUGUCUGUCUGUCCAUUAAGGUAGGCCGUCGUUGUAAAUGAGAAUUUGUUCUUAACUGACUUACCUAGUUAAAGGUUAGAACAGGGUAAAUGACCGGAGUCAUUAUGCGAGACCUCAGUGAGUGCUCAGUCAGCUAUAACCUUUCACAUCCUGAAAUACCUUCAAUGCGCAGUUUCCUCUUUCAACUACAUCAGGCGUUUGUCUCUUAAACAUUCCGUGGUGUAAGCUGAUCCUAUCAGAACGACUCCGAAGGCAGGGUUCCCCAACUGGUUAUUUUAUUUGCGCCCCCAAGUUUUGAGCCAUAAAAAAUACAUUUUUUUCCCAUUGUUGCACAUGAACUGUAAAAAAAAAACAGGAAAUCAGCUCCAAGUGAUUUUAAUUUGGGAAAUCUGUUCCCAAGUAUUUCCACCCAUAAUAGACAGACACGUGAUCAUAUGCAAAGGUUUGAAAAUAUUACGUUUUAGUCAAGUAUUACAUCUGUUUGUGCUUCUUGCGUUCAAUUUGCAGGCUACAAAUUAUUAGUAAUUUUAUUCCGGCCCCCAUACCUUCCUCUCAAGAAAAUAUCUGCUUGCGGUUGAAUCUAGUUGAUGAUCCCUGCCCUAAGGGGUACAGCAUAAAUGGAUGAAUUCAUAAAGAUGUCAAGAUGUCAUCAAUUAUUCUACAAAAUGGGUAGAUAUGACAUACUAGUUUACACUGAGAUUACCUCAUGAAUGACGUGAGAGCAAGAGAUAACUAAUAACUAGGCCAAAUGGAACCAUUGUAAUUAAUUAUAGGAUAUACAGUGCAUUUGUAAAGUAUUCAGACCCCUUUUCUUUUUACACAUUUUUGUUACAUUACAGCUUUAUUCUAAAAUGGAUUAAAUUAAAUAAAAAACCCUCAUCAAUCUACACACAACACCCAUAAUGACAAAGCAAAAAGAUGUUUUUAGAUAUGUUUGCAAAGGUAUUAAAAAAAACAAACAACAUACCUAAUUUACACAGGUAUUCAGGUGCAUCCUGUUUCCAUUGAUCAUCAUUGAGGUGUUUCAAGAACUUGAUUGGAGUCCACCUGUGCGAAAUUCAAUUGAUUGAACAUGAUUUGGAAAGGCACAACCCUGUCUAUAUAAUGUCACACAGUUGAAGGUGCUUGUCAGCGCAAAAACCAAGCCACGAGGUCGAAGAAAUUGUCCCUAGAGCUCAGAGACUGGAUUGUGUUGAGGCACAGAUCUGGGGAAGUUUAGCAAAGCUUUUCUGAAGUAUUGAAGGCCCCCAAGACCACAGUGGCCUCCAUUCUUAAAUGGAAGAAGUUUGGAACCACCAAGACUCUUCCCAGAGCUGACUGCCAGCAAAAUUGAGCAAUCGGGGGAGAAGGGCCUUGAUCAUGGAGGUGACCAAGAACCCGAUGAUCACUCUGACAGAGCUCCAGAGUUCCUCUGUGGAGAUGGGAGAACCUACCAGUAAGACAAUAAUUUUUGCAGCACUCCACCAAUCAGGCCUUUAUGGUAGAGUGGCCAGACAGAAGCCACUCAGUAAAAGCACUUGACAGCCCGCUUGGAGUUAUCCACUCUCAGACCAUGAGAAACAAGAUUCUCUGGUCUGAUGAAAUCAAGAUGGAACUAUUUGGCCUGAAUUCCAAGCGUAACAUCUGGAGAAAACCUGGCUAUAUGAUCACACCAGUAAUAGACCUGUUGUUGUAUUACUUGUGAAGCACAGCUGAGUAAGCAUACAAAUAAUUCCCUUUUUAUUUUUAUUUAGCACGGAGUGGAAAUAGGAAGAACGCUCAUUUUAUGGCUUAUACAAAUGUUGAAUACAAAGUGUUGACAGUACUGAGUAAGAACUUUAAACAUGAGCUAACUCAUAAAAACAGCAUCUCUUUGUUGUAUUCAUUGACAGUCUCUCUUGUCAUGGUUUUAAACUAGGGCUGUCAAAGUUAAUGCAUUAAUAAUGUGUUUAAUGCUUACAUUUGUAAUGUCAUUAAAAAAAUUCACACCA